AUGCUGUGCUUGUCGCCGCUGCUCCCGCUGCUUCUCCUGCUGCCACCGCUGGUCCCCGGCCUCCGGCUCCGGGACGGGGGAGGUCGGCACGCGGAGUGCGGUCCGUGCCGGUCAGAGCACUGCCCAGCGCCCACGCGCUGCCCAGAGGCUGCGAUCGCUGCGCGCGAUGAGUGCGGCUGCUGCGCGCGCUGCCUGGGCGCGGAGGGCGCUAGCUGCGGGGGGCGGGCGGGUGCGCGCUGCGCCCCGGGUCUGGUGUGCGCGAGCCAGGCCGCAGGGGCGGCGCCCGAGGGCACUGGUCUCUGCGUGUGCGCGCAGCGCGGUGCGGUCUGCGGCUCCGACGGCCGCUCCUACCCCAGCGUAUGCGCGCUUCGUCUGCGCGCUCGGCACGCGCUCCGCGCGCACUUCGGCCACCUUCACAAGGCGCGCGACGGCCCCUGCGAGUUCGCGCCUGCAGUCAUCCUGCCACCCCGGAGUGUUCACAAUGUCACCGGGGCGCAGGCAUACCUGUCCUGCGAGGUGAGGGCUGUGCCCACCCCAGUCAUCACCUGGAGGAAGGUCACACACUCUCCUGAGGGUACUGAGGUACUGGAGGAGCUGCCUGGGGACCACGUCAAUGUAGCUGUCCAGGUGCGAGCUUCCAACCACGAGGCCACAGCCUGGAUUUUGAUCGACCCCCUGAGAAAGGAAGACGAAGGAGUGUACCAGUGCCACGCCACCAACAUGGUUGGGGAGGCCACGUCCCACGGCACGGUGACCGUCCUGGAUCUGGAUAGAUACAAAAGCUCCCGCUCCCCGGCUCCGGCGGGCCUCCUGUGAUGCAGGUCUUGGAGACAGUGAUCAUGGGAUGAUGGAAAAGCCAAGUCAUGGAUCUUGUUGCUUUGGGAAGACUUCGAAAAACCGUGUCUGUAGAUAACCCCUUUUGUAUGUUUUCUAAAAUUGGAUGCAAACUAGAUUCAUAUGCAGAUGUAGUUUUUAGCAGGGCAGACAGUGGGCAAACAGAGGUGCAUGUAGCUUUUUUACGCUUUGGGAAUGGAUCGUUCCACGGGAAUUCUUUUUUAACUAUUCCCUCCCAGGGAAGAGCACGUAAUGUUUGUCAUUCUAAAGGGCUCAGAACGAGGCAUGUGCCCACUGUGACUGUUUACCUCGUGUGUCUGUGACUGAUAAGUGGGCGCUCUGUGACUUAGUGUGUGAUGUAGAAGGAGAGAAGGCGGCCCUGGCUCUCUUCGGCCUGACCUUAACUUGCUGUGUGACCUGCUCAGGUCCUUUCCCCUCUCUGGGCCUUGGUCUCUCCACCGGUGAUUGUGGCAUUUGGACUAGAUGUUACUUACCAGGGCCCCUUUUAGCC